AUGUCAAAAGCGGCAGCAUGUCGCGCUCUGUUGGGCGUGACGCAGCGUCAAACGACCAUGAAUGCAGUCUCUGGGUGUCUGCAGUGCCGAAUCAACCUCGCUGCCAGUCGCCAGACGCGGGCAUCAUCGUCUAACUCGCGGUGGAAGAUGAGGCAGGGCAGGGACAUGUUUGCGCGCGAGGCCAAGGUGCAGGGGCUCAAGAGCCGGGCUGCGUUCAAGCUUCUCGAGAUGGAUGCCAAGUACAAACUCUUCCGCAAGGGACAGACGGUUGUGGACCUGGUCGCCGUCGAGCGGACGAAACCCAACGGCCAGAUCCUCGGCAUCGACAUAAUCCCCGCGCAGCCGCCCAAGGGCGUCUCAACGAUUCAGGGCAACUUUCUCUCGCCCGACGUUCAGGACAUGGUCAAGGAGUACCUUUCGAGGGCCAAGAGUCGCAAGUCAUCCUCGCCGCCGCCGCCGCCGCCGCCGCCGUCGUCGGAGGAGGACCAGCAGGACGACGCGGACGCGGUGAUGGACGACAGACCAAGCUACAUCGACAUGGAGAGGGCGGCGUCCGAGACCGUUGCAGAGGCGGAGGCGCCACCGAAUGCCGCCAACGGGGCAGAGGCCAAGAAGGGGCGGCUGGUGGACGUUGUGUUGAGUGACAUGUCAGCACCUUGGGACCAAACAUCCGGCUUCGGCGUGAACAGUCUUAGUAAUCCCUAUAGCAGGAUGAUGAACACGAGCGGCAUGGCCUUUCGAGACCACGCCGGCAGCAUGGACCUCUGCGGCGUCGCGCUCCAGUUCGCCAACGACACGCUCAGGAACGGCGGGCACUUUGUUUGCAAGUUCUACCAGGGCUCCGAGGACAGGGAGUUCGAGAAGAAGCUCAAGACGCUGUUCGCCAAAGUCUUUCGGGAGAAGCCCGAGUCGUCGCGCAGCGACUCCAAGGAGGCAUACUUUGUGGCGCUCAGGAGGAAGGGCAACGUGGAGUUGGAAAGGGAUUAG